CGCGAUGAGCAGGAGGGAGCAACAGCUCGAAGCUGAGUGCGAAGAUCUGCGCAGGUGACAAUUAAGUGAACUGCUAGAAAUAAAUGUUCAAUAACUUGAAGCUGGGUCUGUUGUUGUUGCUACUAGUGAGCUUCGGGUGAUGGAAGAGCUGGUGCAACGGUACCAAGACGAGCUGAUGGCUGCUCGUUGUAUUCGCCACAAUCCCAGGAACGCUCUAGACAUGCACCGUGUCGAGGAGGAGCUGUUCGAAAACCAGAACCUGACCCAAAGGGGCUCUGCCAUGCGCAUCUCCAGGGCGGAGUUGCCUGUAUUGUGUCGAGCCAGCGGCAAGGAAACUCGGUUUAGCGAGGUGAGGCCGCCGUCGCAAAACUGGGAGUGGGUGUCCGACUGGCACUGCGAUGUCCACGCUCAGACAGACAAGAGCGGUUGGAUAUACGCGGAGUCGUGGGAGCAGCUGCGAGAUAUUAACCAACUACAUCACAGUGAGCAGAUCAUGAAUGCACGAGUGCGACAGCGCCGGUGGAUACGGGAGCGCAUGCUUGUUCGGUCUACUGGAUUACCCGCAACAUUAAACAAGAGUCUGCUGACGAAAAGCAGGCUAACUGCUAUGCGCUAUGCCAACGAGAAGCUGACGCAACAGCUACUUCGUGCAAACGGGCGUAUUGAGGAGCUAGAGAAGCGAGACAAAAUCUAUGAAGCGCACAUGCUCAAGCUUCAGGAAGUGGCAGAAGAGCUGUCCAACGACCUGCACACACGAUCGUUCGUUUUGCACGACCCCGUAGCUGUGCCAUACACUGUUUCCAAUAGCGCUGAAGGGCUCGCGCGUUUUGACACACUGGGUGCCUUCCAUAAAUAG